UCAAUCAAUUAUUAAACCAACAAUAACAUCAUUAUCAUCAACUACCGGUGGAAUAAUAUCGACAACAACAUUAACCGGAAAUGAUGCCAUAAUCAAUUGUAAUCCAGUAAAUAAUAGUAUUAUUUGUCGACGUAAUAGACGACGUUCAUCUAGUUUAAAAUGUUCAGCAGCAGCAUCAGCAUCGGCAUCGGCAACAACGGUACCAAAUUAUCAAUCAUCUAAAUUUACAACAACAAAUGAUAAUACAACAACAUCUAUUAAUACUGUUAAUAAUGUUCAAGCUGCAGCACGUGCUUGUUAUGAUUUUCUUAUUCGUCCUGAUAGUAAUAAUUAUAUAAUCGAUGCAAUCGAUGAUGAACAAUUGGAACAAUUAUUAUCGGCAAAUAAUGUUAAUAAUAAAUCACCAAUAGUGACAAAUAAUCAACCAUUACGAUUAGGACAGGCUAAAAAAACAACACAACAACGUAUAAUAACCAGUAAUGGUAAAUUACAACAUCAACAAUCAACAACAACAACAGCAACAACAACAACAACAACGGACAAUCAUCAUUAUCAUCAUCAUCAUCAUCAUUUUCAUCCACAUACAGAUAAUAUCAAUUGUUGUUAUCAAUCAACAGCCAUUACAGACGAUUUUAUUAUUGAUGAUUAUAUUACACCGGAAAUAAUGAAUUAUACAAAACAGGAUAAUCAAAAUAAUCAAAAUAAUAAUUCAAUGUUAUCGCAAAAAUCACCGCCAAUGAUUUUUAAAUCAUUUGAAUCAAAUGCAUCAGCUACCGGUGGCAUAUGGGAUAAAGAGGAUAAUAUUAGUCUAUAUGGAACACCGAAAGAAGAAAUGUUACCAAGUCUUGGUGAUUCAAAAGGUCCAUCAUUUAUGCGUAGCCAGAUUGAAGCAUUAUUUCAACCAUCAGAUAAUAAAUUGGCAAUGAAAUUGUUUGGUAGUAAAAAAGCCUUAAUGAAUGAACGGAUGCGUCAAAAAGAAUCCGGAUUAUUCAUCAUUCAUCCAUGCAGUACAUUCAGAUUCUAUUGGGAUCUUUGUAUGCUACUAUUAUUGGUUGCCAAUCUAAUCGUAUUACCGGUAACAAUAUCAUUCUUCAAAGAUGAUCUAUCCACACGUUGGAUUGCCUUCAACAUUUUAUCUGAUACUAUUUUUCUACUCGAUAUUUUAGUCAAUUUUCGAACAGGAAUAAUGAACCCAGAUUUGCCAGAACAAGUGAUUCUAGAUCCAAAACAAAUCGCUCAUGGUUAUAUACGUUCAUGGUUUUUUCUCGAUCUAAUCAGUUCAAUACCAUUGGAUUAUCUUUAUCUUGUUUUUAAUCAAGAUUUUGAUGAUAAUUAUCAAGCAAGCAUUUGGCAAGCUGGCCGUGCAUUACGUAUAUUACGUAUAUUGAAAAUGUUAAGUCUAUUAAGAUUAUUACGUCUUUCACGUUUGGUUCGUUAUGUUAGCCAAUGGGAAGAAGUUUAUAUGUCAAACUUAGCCAAUAUGACAAUGUCAAAAGAUCAAAAAUGUUUUUUCAUUAAUCUAAGCAAAAUACCUGGUUAUAAAAAGUUUCUAAAUAUGGCCAGUGUAUUUAUGAAAAUAUUCAAUCUAAUCUGUAUGAUGUUAUUGAUUGGCCAUUGGAGUGGUUGUCUACAAUUUUUAGUACCAAUGUUACAAGGAUUUCCAACCAAUUCAUGGGUGGCCAUCAAUGAGCUUCAGGAUGCAGAUUGGUUUGAUCAAUAUUCAUGGUCAUUAUUCAAGGCAAUGUCUCAUAUGCUUUGUAUUGGUUAUGGGCGUUUUCCACCACAAAGUAUGACAGAUAUGUGGCUUACAUUGCUCAGUAUGAUUUCUGGUGCCACUUGUUAUGCAUUGUUUCUUGGCCAUACAACUAAUCUUAUUCAAUCACUUGAUUCAUCACGGCGACAAUAUCGUGAAAAGCUCAAACAAGUUGAAGAAUAUAUGGCCUAUAGAAAAUUACCAAGAGAUCUACGUGUACGAAUUGGUGAUUAUUUUGAACAUCGUUAUCAAGGAAAAUUUUUCAAUGAAGAUACAAUUCUUGAUGAAUUAUCCGAAAGAUUACGUGAGGAUGUCAUCAAUUAUAAUUGCAGAGCAUUGGUUGCAUCUGUACCAUUUUUUGCCAAUGCUGAUACCGAUUUUGUUAAUUCGAUUGUUACCCGGCUGAAAUAUGAAGUAUUUCAACCAGGAGAUAUAAUCAUUAAAGAAGGUACAAUUGGUAAUAAAAUGUAUUUCAUACAAGAAGGUAUUGUCGACAUUGUUAUGAUUACCGGUGAGGUUGCCACAAGUCUUUCAGAUGGAUCAUAUUUUGGAGAAAUUUGUCUAUUGACCAACACCCGUAGAGUUGCUAGUGUUCGUGCUGAAACAUAUUGUAAUCUAUUCUCAUUAUCAGUAGAACAUUUUAAUGCCGUAUUAGAUAUGUAUCCAUUAAUGCGUCGUACAAUGGAAUCGAUUGCUGCUGAACGUUUGAAUAAAAUUGGUAAAAAUCCAAGCAUUGUUUGUCCAAGAGAAGAUUUUCAAUCAGAAUUAAAAGCAGUUAGUGAAUUAUUAACAAUGUCAGCACAAAGUCCAAGUGAUGAUAGUGAAAGUGAUGUGUCUAUAUUCAAUAAAAAUCAUUCGAAAAAUAAAUUAAAAGCAUCAUUAUCAUCAUCAAAAUUGCCAAGACCUAAAUCAGAAUCUUGUUUUCCAUUAAUGAAUACAUUAAGUAUUAGUAAUCUUGAUAGUAGUAGUAGUAAAAAUGAUACACAUCAACAACAACAACAACAACAGCCACAACAAUCGACAACACCAACAUCAAUUAAACAGGAUUCAACACCAAGCCUGUUUCAAAGAUCUGGAUCAUUUUUUCGUGUUGGUAAUCGUAAUAAUAAUUCUACACAACAACAACAACAACAACAACAACAUCAUCUGCUAAAAAAUCAAGAGCAAAUUAAUUUAUCUACCUGUAUAACAGUAACAUCACCAUCAACAUCAUCGUUGAAUAAACAAUAGAAAAUCAUCUGUUUUAUCUAGUCUGGAUUUUAUUGAAAGAAUUCUGUGUCAAUU